AUGUACAUGCGGGCGCUGCAAGGAUACGAGGAGGUACUUGGACCGAAGCACACUUCGACGCUCGACACGGUCAACAACCUGGGUCUCCUCUACUCUGACCAAGGGAACCUAAAGGAAUCAGAAGAGAUGUACAUGCGAGCGCUGCAAGGAUUCGAGGAGACACUGGACGCUGAGACCCUUCCGAGAUACCGACCAGCCCUUGACACUAUAUGGAAUCUCGGCGAUCUCUUUGCAGCCAAAGGGGAGGUACAUAAGGCUAAAACGAUCGGCUUGAGGGUCAACUAUUAUCUCUUGAUCAUCCGAAAGGAGAGUUCGCAGACGACAUGA